AUGAUUUCGUGUUCGUACGCGUAUGGCUUCAAGUAUGCGGAUGGGAGUGACUCGUAUGGAGGGUAUGCGGAUUACCAUCGGUGUCAUGAGCAUUUUGUCGUCAAGACUCCGGAAUCUAUACCAAGUGAGGAGGCGGCGCCGAUGCUUUGUGGUGGGAUAACGGUAUAUGCGCCGCUGAAGCUGAAUGGCUCUGACCGGGUCGUGGCUAUCAGUCGGAAGAAUAGCAAGAGGGAGGAUGCGUUUAAGUUGGGUGCUGAUGAGUAUAUCAGCACAGACCACGACGCAGAUUGGGCACAGAAGCAUGCAAAGAGUCUGGAUUUGGUCGUGUCGACUGUGUCUCCGCCAAAGAUGCCACUGGACGGCUACCUUAAUUUGCUCAACCCGAUAAGCUGCCAGAUCUCACUGCAAUUCCAGUCCAUGAUGAAGGGAAUCAGGUUUGGCGGUUCGCUUAUUGGAGCGCCAUGGCAGAUUGAGGAGAUGCUGGCGUUGGUUGCCGAGAAGAAUAUCCGACCGUGGGUCAACCUCAGGUCGAUGAAGGACGUGAACAAGGCGAUUGUAGACUUUGAGGAAGGGAUUCCAAGGUAUCGUUUCGUGUUGGUCAACGAGAAGCAUGCUGGGAUAUGA